AAUUGCAACGCUGCAAUUUCUUGUUUCGCAUAAAGUUACAGAUAGUAAACUUCAUUUACUUAAUGUUUGGUAUAAAAAAUUUUCUUAGAGAAAGGAGUUUUUAAGAAUUAAAAGAACAUGAGUUCCUCUGUGCAUUGCCAACUAUGGAUGGGAAGUUUGGAACCAUACAUGACUGAGAAUUUCAUCAUAGCAGCCUUCCGAAAAAUGGGCGAAGAUCCUACCACGGUGCGUCUGAUGCGCAACAAAUACACUGGUGAACCCGCAGGUUAUUGUUUCGUUAAUUUUGCCACCGAUGAGCAAGCCAUGGAUGCUAUGCAUAAACUGAAUGGAAAACCUAUACCAGGAACGAAUCCUAUCGUAAGAUUUCGUUUGAAUAGUGCCAGCAAUUCUUAUAAAUUGCCAGGGAAUGAACGUGAGUUUAGUGUUUGGGUUGGUGACUUAAGUUCAGAUGUGGAUGACUAUCAGCUGUACAAGGUUUUCUCGUCAAAGUAUACAUCAAUUAAAACAGCCAAAGUUAUUCUGGACAGUUCUGGAUUCUCUAAAGGUUAUGGUUUUGUGCGUUUUGGCAUCGAGGAUGAGCAGAAAUCAGCUUUAUAUGAUAUGAAUGGGUAUAUUGGGUUGGGUACAAAACCUAUUAAGAUUUGUAACGCUGUGCCUAAACCAAAGAAUGAAUUAGGCGUUGCGUUAGGUACGACUAGCAACUAUGGAUAUGGAGGUUCUGCAAAUGCCAACACAUCCACAGCCACCGUUUCGGGAACUGAUUAUUCUCAAUAUUAUGACCCAACUACCACUUAUUGGCAAGGUUAUAAUGCUUGGCAAGGUUAUUACAAUGAAGCUGUUUCCUCGGUUGCUGACGUUAGCGGCGCAUAUUACCAGCAAAGUAUGGUUCAAUCACAUUCUAAUCCUCAAACUUUGGCCGAGCAUGCUGAGGCUUGGAGUGCUCAACGUACCGCCCAGUAUGAACAACAGCAUACAGCAGUUGCGACAAAUGGGGGUCCAUCUGAAGAGGACGAUUACGCUUUAGUUGAACACAGGUUUAUUUUGGAUGUUGAUAAAAUUAAUCGUGAAGCGUUGGACUCUGAUCGUAAUUUGUACGAUGCUCUAGAAAGCUCCAAAUGGCUACCACUUGAACAAUUGGAGGCUUACUGAAAUUUUAAAUUAAAUAAAAUAUUCUUACUACAAUCUUAGCAGACUUAAAAUUUAAAAUCCUGACGUCAAACGCAUUAGUACAGUGUACAG